AUGGUUGAUCAGCUAAUGAGUGCAAAGAAAUCUUCACUCGAGCUUCAAGCUGAGGACUUCAUGGAGGAUCAACUCAGUCCGCUUCACAAACGUUCUAAACUCGAUUCAUCUUUGCAGAUGAUGCCGGCUGCGUCUCUUUGCAAUGCACUUGACCUCCCAUGUCCGUUGGGAUUGCGUCUCGAAAAGAGUUCAUCGCUUUUGGAUUUAAUUCAAAUGAAGCUCUCUGAAGGACACAAUACGAAGAAAGAUCACAAGGCCAGUGGUAGGGUUUCUGCAGACAAGCUCAAGGCCUCUAUUUUUUCUGCUUCACUUCUGAGAAUUGGAGGCUGGGAGUAUAAGUCGAGAUACGAAGGGGACUUGGUGGCAAAAUGUUAUUUUGCAAAGCGGAAGCUAGUGUGGGAAGUUCUUGAUGGUGGCUUAAAGAAUAAGAUAGAAAUUCAAUGGUCGCAUAUUGUGGCUAUCAAGGCUGAUUUCCCUGAUGAUGGACCUGAAACCUUGGACGUUGUGUUGGCUAGACAGCCCCUUUUCUUUAGGGAGACUGAACCACAACCUAAGAAGCAUACUUUAUGGCAGGAAACAUCAGAUUUUACGGGUGGACAAGCCAGCAUACACAGGGGACAUUUUCUGCAGUGCAAGCGGGGGUUCUUAGGGAAGCAUUUUGAAAAAAUUAUUCAGUUUGAUCCUCAUCUCAACUUUCUCAGCCAACAAUCUGAAAUUUUGUUGGAAAGUCCUUAUUUUGAGCAAAGCAUUCCUCCAUUUAGUGAGUUGAAUGAAUCCUCUAAGGCGUUUGAUUUGAAGGUUAAGAAGAGACCUGCUCUCUUUGCUUUAGGGCAAGCUGCAUCACCAUAUAGAUUCCAUUCUUCUUCCAUGAAUGAUGAGAACCAAGUUUUCAAUGUCAGCACUUCUGAAAGUACUUCUCAGGAAAAUCCUUCACCUAUAACAGUGAUGAAUACUGAUGCAACUGAAGCAACUGAAGCAACCAUUAGUUUGAAAACAGAGAGGUUACCUAGCUAUUGGGAUCAAAUUAAGGUGCCUGGAUUCCAGCCAUUCAUGUCGACGAGCGGCCCAGAGAACCACCUUGAACAGUGCAUUUCAGAACAGAUGACACCUUGCAAUCCUAGAAUUUCACAUGACAAUGCAAAGAACAGUGACAUUCUAGAGGAGAUCACUGAGUUCUUGCUUAGUGACUCUCAACUUGUAUCAGCAUCAGAUGAGCAGCACCUCAUGCCAAGGGUUGAUUCUCUUUGCUGCCUAUUAGAGAGAGAUCUUGCGUCAGCAGGAAAUUUGCAGACUAAGAGUUUCAUUGAUCUUGAAGUAGAUGAUGAUGGAAGCAUAGGUGAAAAUAAAUCCAUCAGCAGAGCAGCCUGCCUGGAUAAAUUCGUGGAAAGUUUUCCGGUGCCCAAAGAUCUGUCCGAUAGUAUUUCCAGCUGCGAGCAGGCACCAACUACAUCAAGCAAGGAUUCAUUUGGGGAGCUGCUGCUUGAUCUCCCAAGGAUCGAUUCUCUCCCAAAACUUUUUUAUAACACGUAG